GUAAGCAGGGAGUGAUGGCAACAUCUCUUUUGCCUGGCUGAUACUGACAACUGUCAUUUGCACAGCAUGGAGAACUCUUGUGAUGAGGAUUAUCGGAUACAGUCUUUUGACAUGGAGACUCAGGAUCUACUCAAAACAACACUCAAAGAUCCGAGCUCAGUAGAUCUGAAAGAGGUGUCUAAAAUCAUCGUUGACCAUUCUCUAAAGGAUCGAGCCUUCAGUAAAGAGGCAGGCCACAUCUGUUGCAACAUAGUCCAGGUGGAGGCCCAGCAGACCAGUUCUAGUGUGUUCCGAUACAACCUGCUGAACUGCCUGCAGGAGCAGUUUGAAGCCAGAGAGGAGACACGUAAACGCUCGGUGCAGGAGUGGGUGUGCUACGUCACUUUCAUCUGCAACAUCUUUGACUACCUCAAGGUGAACAAUAUGCCGAUGUUGGUCCUUGUAAAUCCUGUGUAUGACUGUCUGUUCAGACUGGCCCAGGCUGACUCACUGUUGAAUGAGGAGGAGGUUGACUGCCUGGUGGUGCAGCUGCAUCGGAUCGGCGAGCAGCUGGAGAAGAUGAAUGGGCAGCGCAUGGACAAGCUGUUUGACCUGCUGCGCGACGGCUUCCUGCUGCAGGAGGGCCUCAGCUCCAUGUCCAGGCUGCUGCUCCUGGAGAUCCUGGAGUUUCGAGCCGGAGGCUGGAGCCUCAGCAAUUCCGCACACCAGUACUACUACAGUGAGGUGGCUGACUGAGGCCUACUGGAGCCGGGGCAGAGGAGAAAAGAGGCGGAAUGGCACAUGCAG